ACAGAAAAGAAUGAACGUCUACACAGACAUAUAAAUAGAUCGCUCCUCUGUGGUGUCUCUAAGAUUGGACCAGAACUCGCGAUAGCUGUAAUGAGUUGUGCAUUGUUUGCCUGGAAUUGCAAACGACAAAUAAACAGAUUGACCUCGAGAGCUAAGCCUAUUAUGCCAGUUGAAAUAAUUAGAGAAGGUAACCUUUCAUCGCCACAACAACACAUGAAGCAAUUUGAAAUUUCUCAUGCAGAGGACUUCAUGAGCACACGGAGUAAAGUAAAUUUUCCGGGACUCGUAGAGCGACUUAAAACCCGGAGCAUCAUAGAUUAUAUCAUCCAAAGAGUUCUACAUCUACAUCUCCAAGAUUUUAUGGACGCCUUUACGGAAAGAUGUAAAAACAAAACGGUAGAUAUCCUGGCUUUCCUUUGGUCCACCAGUUUAAAAACUGAAAAGUUUAUAGAAGUAGAGAAAAAGAUGAAUUCUUUGGAAUUAGACUUAACUGCUCAACACAUGGACAAUUUGAUAAGGAAUCUUUCGGGUUUUAACCUUGAAGUUGACAAGAUCGAAAGAGAUGGGAACUGUUUUUUCAGAGCAGUUGCCUCACAGCUCAAUAGACACCUGAGGGAAUAUAAGGAACAUAUCGAAGGGCAUUGCACUUUCCUUGGAUUAGGAAUCAGUGAAGCCUUCGACACACGUAGACUUAGGGAGCUGUUUGUGAAAGAAGUCUCUGAUAACAUUGAAGAGUACAGAGACUGGAUGACAACUAGCGUUAAUGGGUUAGAGGAAGUUUACAAAUUUAGCCAAGACGGAUUUUUCGCAAAUGAAGUUGGUGAUUUAUGCGCGAGAGCAACAGCUAAAGUCUUGAAAAUUCCAAUUGUGAUUAUUACCGCUCUCCCUUCAACACCUACGGUGCCAUUCCUACCACACGAAUUCCUUACCACCAUACCCAUCUACAUUGCAUAUGAUCAUUCUGGGCCAGGCCACUACGAUGCCACAAAAGGUACUCGAUAAUUGUUCAAUAACCUUAGGUUAAAUUAGCAGUUAUAAAUUCUGAUAAUGCUACAUACCUCCUCAUAUAUCGAGGUUUGAACUGAGAAUUUUUCGAGAUCCUCCCGAUGUCUUGGCACCCUUAUAAGGUUGAAGUCUUGUACUAGUACUAAGUUGUAAAUGCUUACGUUAAUAAAACUGAGCCGGAAAUCAUUUAAUGGAGAAAAUGAUGUUUUCUUCAUUUGUGCUGAAACGAAUUCUGUAAAUCGAGGUUAUUUCAGAUAUAAGCAAUAGCUAUUUACCGACGUGUCGGUGGCUAAUAGUAGACAUUUAACGAGCCGCGAAGCAGCUUGGCAAAUAUUCACUAAUAGCCACGACACUGAGGCGAAUAGCUGUUUUAGUACACACUAAAUCAGUGAGAUAAUAUAUGGCACAAAAAGAUGAUUUUAAUAAUCAAUUUAUUCCUGUACGUGCGGCAGCGUGAAACUCGCGAGUUUCUCGGAGGUAAAUAGCAAAGGAUAUUCAGAGUUUGAGUAGCCAGUCAGAGCACACCUUCAACGCUGUCCACUGCUUUAGUAUAUACUAAUGACCUUUAACUUGUCGAAACCUUGUCGAAAACCAUUGCAUUAAUUCUUGACAUGGUUUCAUCGUUUCAGAAGUUUCAAGUGAGAAUGGCUGUGACGAACAAGCGAAGGAAACAAGAUGCACUUGCGGUAAAAAAACAAGAAAAAUAAGUCAGUUUCAGACAUUUUCUGUGUUUCUGGUAAAUGCCCGUGCCACAAAGUGAACCACUCUUGUACCCGCUCGUGUAGAUGUUACAAUUGCAAAAAUACGUGCAAUUCCAAUGAAGUUGUGAAGGUAACAAAGAGUCUGAAGAGAGGCUGUAGGUGCGGAGUUGGACAAAAGAGCAAAGGGGACGGAGAACCAAAUGCAAGUCACAAGUCGUGUCAAGACAGUCUCCGCAAGUCGAAGUGUCCGUGUGUAGCGGGUGGCAUAGGAUGCACCGAAGUCUGCAGAUGCUUUAAUUGUGGAAACAUUGUUCAAGCUCGAGCUGACCCGGGAAAAUCCCCAAAACGAAAGAAGCGAAAUAGGGCGACCGUCUCUCCAUAUAAGAGGAAAAAGGGAUCAAAGUUCAUGAUAAGUCAAAAUGCAGAGGUGGAUUGUGGACCAUGGAGAAACAUUGAAACGCUUUGUUUGAUGGUUUGCCGGGACGUGAUGCUAAGUCAAGGACUUUCCAUAAAUUCAAAAAAUUUGCGUGAUUUGUAUGAUUUCGUGGCUAAGUCUCCUGCUGUUAUGGAAAUGUCUUUAAACAUAGCUGCG